CGCAGUAAAACUCGUCGAUAAUGGUGAAUACGGCUGGCCCGUAAUCCUUUUAUCACUUCAAUUCGUUCAAUAAUUUAUUUUACGUGUUUUCCUUUCCUUAAAAAGAAGACAACCCGUCAAUCGGUACGGAUACUGAAUCUUCCAGGAUCAUAAACAUUUAAUACGCUACAGGUAAAUCCAGAAGGAGAAAGAUGGGUUGUGCUGCAUCCUCCGAACCCAGAAAAUCUGGCCCAGAGUAUGGCCAGUAUAGCAUGCUGGGAAAUUACCAUCAGCAGGAGGAGACUAAACCACAGCAGAAGACAAAUGGCGGCGGUCCACCUCCGGUACCAGCAGACGAACGUCUGUACCACACUGACACGGAAGAUGAGGACGAAAAUCGUCUGACACCACCACCUCCAAUAGCAGAUCCAAAUAAACCAAAGGAGGAGGAACAAGUUCAGAAGAAAGAGGAGGAAGCUCCUCCUCCCUCCGUUCUUCUUCUAAAGAAAGAAGAAGAAACUCCUCCAGCCCCUCUAGAGGAGAAAAAGGAGGAAAUUCCGCCACCCGCACCACCGGUAGAGGAAAAGGAAGAAGAGGAAACCCCGGCACCUACGCCACCAGUAGAAGAGAAGGAAGAGGAAACGCCACCACCGGUCGAAGAGAAAGAAGAGUUAAUUCCUGCACCCCCACCACCGGUAGAGGAUUCUCCACCAGAGGAGACCGGACCUAGCGAUGCUGGUCCUGGUAUUGAAUCGGUGGUGGCAGCUAAAGCAGUGGCGGGUGAAAUAAAAGAUGAAAUGACCCGGCGGUUAGGAGUAGAUGUGGUGAUUGAUAAGGAGGAACUGGAGUCGGAGAGAUACAGCAGUCCUGAGCCACCAAAAUUUGGAGAAGACUACGUUCAAAAUGAUCUCGGUCAAUUUGAAAAGCAUAUGGAUUUCCGGAAAAAUCCCGAGGAUUUUGAUUAUGAGACCCGCCCUCAAGUUUCACCUGGACAGCUCUAUGUGGACCAUGACUUUCCUCUUAACGUAGCCAUGGGCAGUGAGCAUGGCAGGAAACCAUUGGAAUGGAAACGCCCACCAGAAUUUGCUAGUAAUCCCUGUCUAUUCUCAGAGGGAACAAGUCGUUAUGACAUCGGACAGGGAUCCAUUGGAACUUGCUGGUUCCUGUCCUCUGUAUCUAAUGUAGCAGAUAAACCACGGCUUCUGAAAAGGAUUAUUCCAAGGGAUUCGUACCCCGUGGGAACCCCACAGUAUGACGGCAUCUUCCACUGUAGGUUCUGGAGGUUUGGUUACUGGGACGACGUCUUUAUUGACGAUUAUCUGCCAGUCAUUUAUGGCAAUCAGAUUUACUCCGCCCAUUCCAACACAGAUCCUAACGAAAUGUGGGUGGCUCUACUGGAAAAGGCCUUUUCAAGAAUGUAUGGUAGUUAUACGGACGUUUCCGGGGGUAUGGCUGCUGAUUCCUACAUGGCUCUGACUGGUGGAGUUCCCGAGGACAUCAGUCUCAAGAAAUUGACAAUGGAGCCUGAACAACUGCACACACGUGUCAAACACGCCCUCUCUUCCGGAGCUGCCGUCACGUGCAGUGUCCCUGCAGAGUUUGAUGGCCAUCACGGUUUGGUGGGAGGACACGAGUACUCAUUGACUGGGGCUGUCAUGGUAAAUGGAGUUCGACUUUUCCGAGUCAGGAAUCCUUGGGGAAACACCGAAUGGACUGGGCCCUACAGUGAUGGGAGCCGUGAAUGGCAGAGUAUCCCUAAGGACUCUAUUGAUGCCCCUAACAAAGAUGACGGGGAGUUCUACAUUUCUCUGGACCACUUCCUUAAUUUCUUUAGUACUCUGACUAUAUGUAAUAUUACACCAGAUUUUGACAGCGACGGAUCCUCGGACCACCUUAAUUACUGCACAUCUCUUUAUGGAAAAUGGGAGGGUGAAGAGGCAGCAGGAUUCAGAGAUAAAAUAAAAAAUCCGAAAUUUCAGUUUUCAAUUGAUGAAACAAGUGUGGAUGCAGAGGGAAACGUGCCUUUUGUUGUUCAGAUCAUUCAACGUACCAAACAGAGAAAAGCCAAGAAAGUUAACAUUCGUGCUGAUCUUUACAGGGUUUUGGAGAGUGGAUCAAACGAUCUUCUGGUUCUACAAGAGGAGGGAAUUCCAAGCAAAAAUAACAACUACAGAGGAGAUUCCCAGACUUCCUUCCGGUUUUGCCUGAAACCUGGGAAAUACGUGUGUAUACCAUCCACUAUGGAGGAAGGCCAGGAGAAGGAAUUUAUGUUGCGUCUUUACAGUGCUGGUCCACUUGGAGACAUCACAAAAAUUGAUUCGAAUGAGAAGACAAUAAUGAACUGCAGUGGAGAAGGAGCAGAAAAAUACAGUCAUAUAAAAUGUGUCACGGGUCAAUGGACAGCGGGGUCAAAUGCCGGAGGUCAGGUGUCACACAGCAGUUUCCAUACCAACCCUCAGAUUAAAAUUGACAUACCAAGUUCUCAAAAAGUGAAGAUUCAGUUGUUGUCAAAUUCAUCGGAUCCUGAAUAUCCUAUUGGGUUUAAACUGUUCCAGGUUGAUGGAGACCCGGUUCCGGCAAGUUUGGAUUGGUUAUACGAACAUUACGGUAAUGCUACAAAAACUGUUGAUGGAGAUGAUGGUCCGUUCGUCAUGGGAACCUCCGCCCCCGCGGAAUAUUCCCUGAAUGCCGGCUCCUAUAUCUGUCUGCUCCACAUGGAUCAACCUGACACGGAGAAACGAUUCGCUCUCGUCAUCCGGUCCGAAACCAAUCUGGAUAAUGUGGAAACACAUCAAAUGGAGUAAAAAAAAUCCAGAAACAUAUGCUCGUAUGCAAUCUGCUGAAUAUUUGGAAUAUUGAGACUUAUAGGACAACUGGUAUUGUCCUAACUGUAAUUUGAGAGACAUUAAAUAAAUCAUCAAUCAACGACUUUCUUCAUUACAUGUACCUGCCCAUAUACAAACUUUAUUCAUGUGCUCUGAAUUCUUCUUGUUAUUAGUUGUAUGUAUAUUUAUAUUUUAUACACAUAAGGAAUUUUGACUGUAAAUAUUUUUAUUUAUUAAUUUAUUUUUGUAACCAAGAAA